UUUCCAUUCCCCUCCCCGAUCCGCUUGUGAUGUUGCCUUAGCACUAUUUAACGAUGCCCGUACCGUCGUCACAGGCAGCGAGUGGUAGCCCACAGAAAAGCUGCUCUGUCCAAGCCUGCCUCAAACAUCACAAAGCCAUGAGGACCUGCAGCCUCCUCCUCGUUGCCACUGCCGCCGCCGCCUUCGCCGUCGCCGCCCCCGUCACGGCGAACCUUGGGGGAUGGGGGGUCAUCCCCGACGUCGAGGACGCCCACGUCCAGGAGAUCGGCGCGUGGGCGGUGGCGGAGCACGUCAAGCGCGCCAACGACGGGCUCAGGUUCGGCAAGGUGGCGCGCGGCGAGGAGCAGGUCGUGGCCGGCGUGAACUACCGGCUGGGCAUCGUCGCGGUGAAUCUGGCCGGUCAGAACGCCACGUACAGCGCGGUCGUGUACGAGCAGAUCUGGACCAACACGCGCCGGCUCCUCUCUUUCGACCGGGCCAAGUGAGCGAGCGACGAUCCUUGAUUCUAGCCUGGAGCGAUUAGGUUUUGUCGGUUCAGGAUUUUUGGAUGUAAUAAGAUGUUGCGGCCAUGCUAUCCGGGUUUUGGGGAAAAGCUUUUCAUGGUCUUGGUCAUUAUUAUCUAGUACUGAAUUACGGAUCAUUUUAGGACUUGUAUG